CUUAGUUGUUACACAAUAUUGUAGAUGAAAGAGAGUAGGGCUUAAUCAGUUUGUCGAUAGGUAAAUUGGCUUAGAGACUACCAAGCGAGGGAUGGUCUACAAACAACGGUAAAGAAAGUGCAACGAUAUGGCCAGUUUCCGUAUGAUAAGCCUGAAGUGUUGAACGCGUGAUAAAAUCCACGUUUCCAAAGUUUGUUUGACAUCUUCGGAGAUCGUGAUUGAAAAAAAUAAAGACAGCCUUGUAUGUUGAAAGAUAUCGCGGAUCGAACGCCAUUGAGCUAUUGGCAAUCUUUUCAACGUGUUUUAUCAAAAAUCGCAAGAGAAAACUUCAGUCAAAACUCAUACGCGUCACAGCGUGACACUGAAGAAACGAACGCAUCCGCUCACAGAAAGGUAGGGACAUCUUUGAUGCUCGUGAAUUCAAAACGAUCUCAUCGAUCCCUCUGCGUCGAUGAAUUCUUUAUGACGUACUCUGCAUACUUCAUUGCAUGCCCUGCUCUUUCUUUGGGACAUCAUAUCACUUUCUUCACUCCCUGCUCCCGCUUCUCAGGAAUGACGAAGUACUCUCUACUCAUCAUAUGCUGCUACUUAUACAUCCUAUUUGACAUGACUACUUCGCAUUUUCCAGAACUGGACUUUGAUGAGUAUGGAAAAAAGGAAACCUCCUUGUCGCUGAGAGACAUCCUGCCUUUGAAUCCGAAGCAGUAUGAUAAGCACAGAGCACCGAAAUUCCUUGGGCAACCCACUAUCGUUUAUUUUCACGUGACAGUGCUCAGCCUGGACUCGAUAAAUGAGGAAUCGAUGACGUACGUGGCCGACAUAUUUCUCGCUCAGAGUUGGCGGGAUUCUAGACUGCGGCUACCAGAAAACAUGUCCGAGGAGUACCGAAUACUUGACGUAGACUGGUUGCACAAUAUCUGGAGACCCGAUUGCUUCUUCAAAAAUGCGAAGAAAGUUACUUUCCAUGAGAUGUCGAUACCAAACCAUUAUCUCUGGUUAUAUCACGAUAAGACGUUGCUUUACAUGUCCAAAUUGACAUUGGUGCUCUCAUGCGCAAUGAAAUUCGAGUCCUAUCCUCAUGACACUCAAAUUUGCUCGAUGAUGAUCGAAAGCCUUUCGCACACGACUCAAGACCUAAUAUUCCUAUGGAACAUGACGGAUCCCCUUGUAGUUAAUCCGGAAAUCGAGCUGCCGCAACUCGACAUAUCGAACAACUACACGACGGACUGCACGAUCGAAUACUCGACCGGAAACUUCACGUGCAUACAGAUUGUCUUCAAUCUGCGCCGGAGACUGGGUUAUCAUCUGUUCCACACGUACAUCCCAUCCGCUCUGAUCGUCGUCAUGUCCUGGAUCGCCUUCUGGAUCAAGCCGGAAGCCAUCCCAGCACGGGUCACCCUUGGUGUGACGUCACUACUGACCCUCGCCACUCAGAACACGCAAUCUCAGCAAUCUCUGCCGCCGGUCUCGUACGUAAAGGCGAUCGACGUGUGGAUGUCUUCGUGCAGCGUGUUCGUCUUUCUCUCUCUCAUGGAAUUUGCAGUAGUGAAUAAUUAUAUGGGGCCAGUCGCCACGAAAGCUAUGAAAGGAUACUCGGACGAGGAUCUUCGCGAGGCCAUCGACGAUUUUAAGACACCGAUGAGACCGGACGCUGAAAGAAAUAGAAGUCCAACGAGGCCACCAACGGUUCAGUAUGAGCAUUGCUGCCAAGGACGAGCCACCGCCAUUUACAUCGACAAGGUUUCCAGAUUCUUCUUCCCUUUCUCGUUCUUCAUUCUUAAUGUCGUCUAUUGGAGCACCUUCCUGUAAUGUAACUCGGCAAGACGCAUGCCCGACCCGACGAGAGUCGAAUAUGCUUUUACAAAUUAUUAUGAAUGAAAAAAAUACAACGAGAGAUGCGGUAAUAAAUUUGUUAAAACAAGCUAACGAAAAAUAUCUUGCAUAAUAUCAUAUGGGGGCACAAUAAAAGAAUUUAGUAAAAGCAGAAUUAAAUCCGCCAGUUUAUUAAGCAUAAUCUAAUAGAUUGUGAUAAAAAGAAAAUAAACCAAUCUGUGUUCAAAUUACAAGACACAGUAAAAUAAUAUAACAAAUUAUUAAAACUACCUUAUGAAAAGCUUAGCUAAAUAAGUAAGACAUGUCAGAAAUAUUUAAUGUAUCUUUUAUUUUUUGUAGA